GUUCCUUUAGUUAAAAGAUAAGGAGGGAAUGGGUGCUAGUAGCAAUUACAUUACUGCGAUCAUCAGUGUUUUCACGCUCUUGCUCUCCCUCCCAGUGAUCGCCACUGGGAUUUGGCUCCUCGCCUCCGCCAAUAGCCACUGCGUCCAAUCCGUCCAGUGGUUGGUGCUCGCCAUCGGGAUCCUUCUCCUCCUCCUCUCCAUCGCCGGAUCCAUUGGCGGCUGCUUCAAGGUCCCAUGGCUGCUCUGGAUCUAUCUCUUCCUUCUCUCCAUUCUCAUCCUACUGCUGCUCGCCGACACCAUCUUCACCAUGGCCGUGAGCAGUGGCACGCGCCAUGGCCGCGCCCUCCCCGGCAAGGGAUUCCGGGAGUACAGUCUCGGCGAUUACUCCCCCUGGUUCAGGAAACAAGUCGGUGGCGCGAAGCGAUGGAAGAAGAUCGAGGGAUGCUUAAAGGAUCUGGACAUUUGCCGGGAUCUGGCGAUGGCGUACCCAACAAUCCAGAGCUUCGAUGCCGCGCGGCUGUCUCCUGUGGAGUCUGGCUGCUGUAAGCCCCCUCUAGAAUGUGAUCUCGUCUUCCGCAAUGCGACGUCCUGGGAUCCGCCAUCCCGCGGGAGGAGCAGCGCUAGUAAUCCCGACUGCGCGAGGUGGAGCAACGAUCCUACGCGCCUGUGCUUCGAUUGCGAUUCUUGCAAGGCGGGCGUGGUGGAGCAGGACAUCCGAGGGGACUGGAAGACAGCGGCGAUCGUCAACAUCGUAGUUGUGGCAGUGCUCGUCCUGGUGUACGUUGUGGCAUGCCGGGCAUUCCGAAACGCGAAGAGAUUACACGUAGAGAAGCAUGUUGGGACAGCGACCUGAAGAACCGGGUUUAAUUUUUCUUUGUGCAAUAAAAAAGAGUAGCAUUUUAUUUUGGAUAAAAAA